AUGAAUCAAUCUAUCCAUGCCCUGAUAGGAGGGAUAUUUGGUCUGGCACUUCAUUGGAAUGUCUUUAUUCACGGCGAGUGGCACAUCCACGCUCCAAAAAUCGUCAUUUAUCAUCUGGUAUACUUCUUAUUACUACUGCUUUCCAUCACGAACGCAUUCUGGAUGAUUCUAGGAUAUUUGCUGGCAAUAAUGUCCAGCAUUACAAUUUACCGUGUCUUUUUUCACCGACUGAAGUCAUUUCCAGGCCCAUUUUGGGCUCUCACCACCAAGAUCUGGCAUGCUUGGAAGUGUCGCCGUGGCCAAAACUUCCUGGUAUUGGAAGACUUACACCGACAAUAUGGAGAUUUUGUCCGAACCGGUCCCAGUGAAAUUACUGUUUACCAUCCAGACGUUUUUAUGGCCAUGGACGGGCCACAAGCGACCUGCGUCAAGUCUGACUGGUAUGACCUACUGAGCCCCUCGCAGUCUUUAGUCACUGCAAGAGUGAAGGAGACACAUGCAUUGCGGCGCCGGCAGUGGAACAAGGGCUUUACAUCCCAAGCGUUGGUACAAUACCAGGACCGUCUUCUUCCUUUACUCAGUCAACUUGAAAACUGCAUCGAUACCAAUAUCUCCGUGGGACGAGUUACUGAGGCCAAUGAUAUCUUCUACUGGCUUGGUUUUGAUCGCAUGGGAGACUUUGUCUUCAGUCGGACCUUCAAUAUGCUCUCUCAACAACAGUCACAUCAUAUCGUCCUCCUCUUGCAGCGGGCUCUGUCGCUUCUCGGUCCAUUAAGUCCUAUCCCUUGGUUUAUCCAUAUCGCAUUCAAGCUGUGUCCACGUGUGUGGAUUCUGCGUGAUUGGUAUCAGAUGGUGGCAUGGUGUGAGAGUCAAAUGCUUGACCGUCUAAGUGCCCAUAAUCUAGAUAAAUGUACCCACAGUAUGCAGGACCCAGAGGACCCAUCGAAAGUGCCCGACGUCGCGUACUAUCUUCUUCAGGAUGCAGUGGACAACCCAGCACAGUUUCCAUGGCUUACUGGUGAUAGUAUCUUGGCCAUCGUUGCCGGGAGCGAACCUACCGCCGCUGUGAUGAUCGGGUUGUUCUAUGAGUUAGCCAAAGACUCACGCCAUACUGAUAUUAUCCAACGGGAAAUCGAAGAUGUGGAUCUGAAAGAUCUGCGAUCACUGUCACAGCACUGUCCACAUCUCGAGGGGUCGAUUCUCGAAGCUUUACGACUGUAUCCUGCCCUGCCUACUGGCGGAAAUCGGAAAACUUUGGCGGAUGGUGUCAAGAUUGCGGGAGUAUAUAUUCCCCCAGAGACGACGAUUGUAGCUCCAAGAUUCUGUAUCUCUCGCCGAGAGGAUAGCUUUGAACAAGCAAACAAGUUCAUCCCCGAACGAUGGUACAAAUACCCAGAGAUGGUACGCAACAAAGCAGCAUUUGCACCAUUCGGAACAGGCCAUCACAGCUGUCUCGGUCGCGCACUUGCAAUGAACGACAUGCGGCUGAUUACAGCAAGCCUGGUCCAAAAAUACAAAUUUAGCAUUCCAUCCGGGGAAACAGGGGAUCCAGUGUGGAAAGACCUGCGGGACCAGUUUACCUCGAACCCUGGUCGCUUACGGUUGCUUUUCCAAUUGCGAGACAAAUAA